CUGUAUAUCAUCUGUUAGAAGAGUAUGUACGUUUUACAAUACGAAACCAGCGGUUUGAAAACGUGUUGUAAACUCUACAAACUAACAGCUGAUCUCAAACCGAGGUGAACGAGAGAAGGAGGUUUCGUACUAGUGUGGAACAUUUCGGGAUGGGACGCGUCCGAAGGGAUUGUAGCCGCGCCUCUAAUCACGACACCGCGACAGGGAAAAAGUGGAAAAGAGGAGCAGGAUCCGGUCAAAUUAGAGUUUACACAGCGGGUGAGACGGGAAGAAGGGGGAAGUGAGUCCGAAACGCGCCCCUCGCUUCUUAGUUCACUUCGCGUUUGACCGGCGGCCGCCGCAGGCUCCCACGGACACCAUGGUUCCUGCUCCUCCGAGCAGAUGAGUCGCCUCAAGUGAGCAGCGAUGGCCAGACGAGCGUAGGCUGCGCGGCUCACUAGAACAACCUCGGUGUUUCUGUUGGCCAAAACCCUCUCGCCCAGAAGAUGGGGCACCCGCCUCUGGAGUUCAGCGACUGCUAUCUGGACAGUCCGGACUUCAGGGAGACGCUCAAGUGUUAUGAACUAGAGCUGGAGAGAACCAGCAAGUUUCUCAAAGAGUUGAUAAAAGAUGGCAACAGUGUUAUCAGUGCAAUCAAGGGCUAUUCUGUGGCAGUGCAGAGGUUUUCUCAGACUCUCAGCAUGUUCCAGUUCGACUUCAUCGGUGACUCCCUGACAGAUGAUGAGAUUAACAUUGCUGAGUCGUUCCAGGAGUUUGCUGGUCUCCUGCAGGAAGUGGAGCACGACAGGAUGAUGCUGGUUCAGAACGCCUCCGAUCUUCUCAUCAAGCCGCUGGAGAAGUUCAGAAAAGAGCAAAUAGGAGUAACAAAAGAAAAGAAAAAGAAGUUUGAGAAAGAGAGUGAAAAAUAUUACUCCCAGUUAGACAAACACCUGAAUCUUUCUGCCAAGAAGAAAGAGAGUCAACUUCAAGAGGCUGAUGAACUCCUAGACAGAGAGCGGGUGAACUUCUACGAAUCGUCAGUGGAGUAUGUGUACCAGAUCCAUCAGGUGCAGGACAAGAAGAAGUUUGAUGUGGUGGAGCCUGUGCUGGCGUUUCUUCACAGCAUUUUAACGCUCAACAACCUGACAGUGGAGAUGACUCAGGACUUCAUGCCUUAUAAGCAGGAACUGCAGCUCAGCUUGCAAAACACGAGAAAUCACUAUGAGAGCACUCGCGAGGAGAUGGAGGAGCUGAUGAAAAGAAUGAAACACCCAUCCCAGAUCUGUAAAAUGCACAAUUUUCUGCCGAUGGAGGGUUAUCUGUACUGUCAGGAGAAGUGGGCUUUGGGUGUGUCAUGGGUCAAAUAUUAUUGCAAGUAUCACAAGGAGGGGAGACUGCUGGUCAUGGUACCUUGUGAACAGAAGCCGACAACUAAACAGGGCCCUACGCAGCUGACACUGAAAUCCUGCAUCCGCCGGAAGACAGAGUCCAUCGACAAGCGCUUUUGCUUUGACGUGGAAACUAACGAGAGAAACACACCCGUUACUUUCCAGGCUCUUUCGGAAGGGGACAGGAAGUUGUGGAUGGAGGCCAUGGAUGGAAAAGAGCCUAUCUAUCAUUCCCCAAUUCACAAGCAAGCUGAAAUGGAGCUGAAUGAAAUUGGAUUCAAGUUUGUGCGAAAGUGCAUCAACUAUGUUGAAACAAAAGGAGUGACACAGGAAGGAGUGUACCGAACAGUUGGUAGCAACAUCCAAGUGCAGAAGCUUUUAAAUGCCUUCUUUGACCCCACAAACCCAGGAGAUGUGGACCUCCAAAGCAGCGACUGGGACAUUAAAACUAUCACAAGUGCAUUGAAGUUUUACCUAAGGAGUCUUUCUGAACCUCUGAUGACCUACAGUCUACACAGGGACCUUAUGUUUGCUGCAAAGUCAGAUAAUCUGGACUUUCGACUAAGUGAAAUUCAUUCACUAACUUACAAACUACCAGAGAAGAAUCGGGAGAUGCUGGAGAUGCUUAUUAAACACUUGGUCAAUGUGUGCAGUCACAGUGAUGAAAACCUCAUGACUCCUUCAAACAUGGCUGUUAUCUUUGGACCCACGCUGAUGAGAGCAAAGGAGGAGACUGUGGCGGCCAUGUUGGAUAUCAAGUUCCAAAACAUUGUUAUCGAGAUUCUGAUUGAGGACUACAAAAAGAUCUUCAGUUAUAUGCCAGAGGACAGCACAGCCCCGCCUGUCCCUCCUCCGCGGAUCACCCCGAGAAAGCGGCAGCCCAUCACAAUCUCCAAGCGGCCACCUCGUGUUUAUCAACCGCUUAUUCAUGACCACUUCCAGAACGCAGAGAACGGCCAGGACGACAGCUCCGUUGUGGACACGGAUGUCUCCGUGAGCCCCGUUCCCCUGCAGCGGACAAAACCUGCAGGCUGUGUCCCACUGGUUCCAAAAGAACCUCCUCCGAGACAAGCGCUCAUGCCCAGACCUGCUAAUCGUCCGGAGAGACAGUCCGAUGUUGGAAAGAUAGACGAUACAAGGCAAAGGCCAGAUUCCUCCUCAGCGGCAAAUGGGGAGUCUGGAGUCUAUGUGAGCCGAGUACCAUCCUUCCAGAGCAGAAAACCACCUCCAAAGGGCACAGCAGCCAACAGAGAAGGAGAUUCAGAUGUUCUGACCGGAUCGAAGUCCGGUACGAGGUCCACAGAGAAACAGGCCAUUUGUAGACCCCCAGUCAGGCCUCCUGAGCCCCCCUCCAGAUACCCCGCUCCACAAAAGCCCCAAAGUGCAGCCAGCAGCGACGGCACGCCCACAUCCUAUGUUGCCUCUAAAACAAAAUUUUUUGAGAAUGCCUCCAGGCAAGUUGGCAGUCCACCGACCUCUCCGUUACCACCAGGAGUGACAAAUGUAAAAAAAGAGAAUUGAAGUUAGGGAGAUUCAGACCACGUCAUGUGACCUCUACAUGUGCUGUUUGGAGCACCUAAGCUGGAGGGAGUCACCGCUAAUGAACUCAGUCCAUUCUGAUCUUAACUGAUGGACUGAGGAAAUGGCUCUCAGUUGAACUGAGAAUCGUGUCGUACGGCAACACAGGACCAUACUGAAAUUUGAAUGAGCUUGGAAAGUAACUGCCUCAGUGUUUGAUUAUUAUUCCAAAGUUGGGAUGGAGUAAAAGUACUUUUUUUCCUUCCAUACCAAUAGACACUUUUGUUAAAUAAUUUUACAAUAUUUAGUCAUUUUACAGUGUUAAACAGUUUGACUAAAGCUUGGUCAAUUUUAUAUGAGGGAACUAACUGGUCUAAGCGACUUUUCUACAUUCUUAACACUUGUUUUCAGCAGUGUGAAAUAGAUGUCCCAAAGAAAAGUAAAUGAUUAAAACUCACUCAAUCAGUUUAUUUAUUAUUAAUUUGAACAUGUGACAUUCUAAAUAUUAACUUCUAGAUUUUAUAAAGCAACUUAGACAAAAACUAUUGCCUGUUAUUUCAGUGGAUCUGCUUAAAGAAAAGCAACUUCUAAAGUCUGUAUUUCAGUAUUUAAACAAACCGGGAUGUACAAAAAAAAAGUAAUUUCUUUAAAUUUAAUUCAAGGAAUUGGACAAAAUAAAUUCAUAAUAAACUGUUAAACUAAAUCUAACAAUGGAGUAAUUAUAUCUAUGAAAAAUAUUUUAGUUGGUUCAUUAAAAAUAUUUUAAUAUUAUCUCAGUUGAGACAUAACUUGUCACUCAAACAUGAGUCCCCUUUUUAAAGGCAUUUAAAAAAAUAUUUGCUAUAAGUUGUCAGUCUGCAUUACAGCCAAUGUAGUUUGAAUUUACACCGAAUAUAGUGUUAAAAAAACAGAUUCACUAGUUUACAUUCCCGCACUUCUUACCUCUUGUAGGUAGAUUAGGUUGCACAGGAGAGUCCUUGAAGUUUACCUAAAUUUGUUGCAUCUCAAAUGCAUUGUUGGCAUUAAAAAGCAGGUCAAAACUGGUUGUUCCAAUAUGUGAAACAAAAACUCCAGUGUUUAGUUUAGUUUUUAAUUUUUUUUUUAAAUUUAGUUUUUCUUAAAAUGGUAAUUAUGUUAGUUUUACACUUGUUUUUUGGAUAACCCAACUUGAAAAUUGUUGUUGCUGUCUGGUUUUCAAAAAGGAAAAUAAACACAAAGCGUUCUUAACUUGACUCAUGAAUAUUGUCAAAAAUGAGCUGUGUAUUAUCAUUCCCUUCUGUGUUACUGCAUGGUGUUUUAGUCUUCGCUCCUCAGUCUUUCUGUGAGCUGAUGUUUGCAAUCAUUCUUAGGACUUCUGUUUCACAUUUGCACUAAUGUUCUCCGUUGAAUGACUCUCUAAGGCCUGUUUGUUCAGACUCAAGACUAAGUGUUCUGUUGUAUUUCCGGCUACUGGCUUUACUCUAACUACAACAUCCAUUGUGAAUCAGUGGAGGUACGUGAAUCAAAACAAAAAAACCCAUCUGAUUUGGUUUCAUAAAACAGUAGCAAUCUCUGCCCGCCAGAACUGUUUUGUGACAAAGUAAAUGUCUUGAUUGUUAUUAAUUUCUCACAAGUUUUGUAUGCAGAUAUAUAAAUGGUUGUUGGCAAGGUGACGUGUGUCCGAAACUUGAUGCAAAACAAGCUUUAUGAUCCAAAAAUAAAGUCAUUUUUCUAGAUUGAUGGGCGCUGACACAUUUGUUGUAUUUGUUAAAAACAUGCAAUCGGAGGCAUGUAAAUAGUGGAAAAAUGACGAGAACCAACACUCAACCCUGUGAAUAAAAUGUCUGCUCAGAAUGAAGAGUUAACUACCAUAUGUUGGCUGAAAAGUCUGAUAUUGUUUUUUAAUUUUUGCCAUGACAUUUUAUAACAUUA